AUGGUAAGCUUUAUCCAAAUUUCAAUUCUCUUCGUUGUAGCCUUAUGCUUCUUUUCCCUUCCUAAUGUCGUAUACUCAGAAGACGUUCCCCAACCACCAGUUUCUCAAUUCCACAUUCAAGGACAGGUUUAUUGUGACACAUGUCGUGCUCGAUUCAUUACUGAAUUUAGCGAGUUCAUCCCGGGUGUCGGUGUACGUCUCGAGUGCAGAGACGCGGAAAAAGGAAGUGUAACAUUUACUGAGGUAGGUUACACAAAAGCAGAAGGACUAUAUAGUAUGCUCAUUGAACGCGAUCACAAGAAUGAGUUUUGCGAAAUCACGCUGCUUUCAAGUAGUAGAAAAGAUUGUGAUGAAAUCCCUGUUGAAGGAUGGGUAAAACCAUCAUUGAAAUUUAAGCUCAACACGGUAAAUGGUACGACACGCACGAUAAAUCCUCUUGGAUUCUUCAAGAAAGAAGCUCUACCAAAAUGUCCACAAGUCUUUAAUAAGCUGGGUAUGUAUCCUCCAGAUAUGUAA